AUUUAUUUUUAAUAGUUUAUCUCUAUUAUUAUUAGUUGUAUUCUCCCCAUAUUUAGAGGAUCCUUUCCAUUGUUAGGUCUCUUUUUCCCCUAUAUGUACAUCGGCCUAUGGCCUUGAAUUAUGAUCACAAAUCAAUAAACCUUCUCUCAAUAUUGCUUUCUUUAUGGUAUCAGAGCAGGUUAUACCUUGCUCUUGAUCGAUUAAGCAAUGGCGGGGGAAGAUACAAACAAAUCAAAGGAUGGGGAAGGGAACAAUGGAGCCAUUCCCCAUGAAUCCCCAUACUAUCUACAUCCAUCGGACCUACCCAAACAACUACACGUAAACGAGGUGCUGACCGACUACAAUUAUGCCGACUGGAAACAAGAGAUGAUGAACUUCUUGUUUGCCAAGAACAAAAUAGAGUUCGUUGACGGGUCGAUUAAGAAACCGGAGAAAACAUCCAAGGACUACAUGCCUUGGAUGCGUGUAGACGCGAUGAUUAAGGGAUGGUUAACGACGGCAAUGGAGAAGAACAUUCGUAACAGCGUAAAAUACGCAAGCACUGCUUCAGAAAUAUGGUCGGAUCUUGAUGAAAGAUUUGGAAAAGAAAGUGCCCCAAGGGCGUACGAAAUAAAACAGAAGAUUGCCGGGACUCGUCAAGCGGGAAGCUCCGUCUCUGCCUACUUCACGCAACUCCGCUCAUUAUGGGAUGAAGCCCAAUCUGUGCAGCCCUUUCCGCAAUGCUCGUGUGACAAGUGCGAGUGUGAAAUUAGAAAGAAGAUCUUCGAGCAUCAAGAGAGAGAACAUUUAUACGAGUUCCUCAUGGGGUUAGAUGCUGAGUUCACAGUCAUUCGGACUCAGAUUCUGGCCACCAAACCAAUCCCAUCCCUCACAACUGCCUACCACAUGGUCCAUGAAGACGAGAAGCAAAGGGCCGUGUCUAACGAAAACAAAAGCAAUGUUGAAUCCGCUGCGUUUAAGGCUUUUCAGAAAAGGGAGAGUGGCCACGGUAAAGAGAAAGGUGGAACAAAGGGAUCAAGAGAUGGAACCGAACACUGUACCUUUUGCAAUAGAGACGAGCAUAAAAAGGAGGGAUGUUUUAAAUUGGUCGGGUACCCAGAUUGGUGGCCCGGGAAGAAGGGAGAAAAGGCGAGAGGAAAGGCGGCCUGUGUAGAAACCGAAUCCAGCCCCAUACCCGGUUUAACGCAGGAACACUAUCAAACUCUCGUUAAGCACUUAUCCGGAUCCGGUAAUAUCGAAACCAUUAAACCCCUUGCUAAUAUGGCUUGUAAAACCAAUGAUGAAGGGUUUGCAGAGGAGGAACUUGAUUGGUGCGGGUAGGUGUGAAGGGGGACUAUACCGAAUGAAGAUGGUGCAAGAGAAGAAAGCGUUGGCAACUACCAUUGGGACAUGGCAUAAGAGACUUGGGCAUGCCUCGAAAGGAAAACUAGCUAAAGUUGAUUUUCUUAGCACUUUUACUUCAGAACUUGGUAAUUUUUGUGAUUCUUGUGCCAUGGCCAAGUUUGCCAGAACACCUUUUCCGUCUAGUUUUAUUAAAACUGUUGAGCCCUUUCAAUUGAUU